UGUGCUUGAAACAAACCUCCGUUGAGCAGCCGUGUUCCCGCAGCCUCCUCCCCUUUACUACAAGAUACGCGCGCUAGUGAAUCAUUCAUCACUCCAGCGCAAUGCGAGCUGAUGCCCAGAGUUUCUAUUAAAUGAACACACAUCUGACUGAACUACCUUCAGUUUCUGUGCGCUGGGAUCUGUUCAGGAUGACACCUCUCCUCUGCAACGCCUGUCUCAUCUUGCCUGUUGCUUUACAUCUGCUGCUUGUUCCCAGUCCAUGUUCUGCUGCAGCCACAAAGAAGUGCAGCUCCAUCUAUAAAGGGUUUGCCCAGUGUCUGCUUGCCCUGGGUGACAGUCUCUCUGUCAGUACCCAAAAAGACGAGGAUACACAGGAGAUCGACUCUAUUUGCAAAUCCUGGGAUGAUUUUCAUGACUGUGCAAAUGUGGCCAUGGCCGGCUGCCCUGAGGAAGCUGCUACGGUGUGGGAGUCUCUGAGACAAGAAUCCAAAAAGAUGCAGUUUUCUGGAAACCUGUAUGAGAUGUGCUCCAGUCGUAGCCAAUCAGCAGCUGCCUCUGAUUCCCAAAGCCCAGAUGAGACCAAUCAGGAGUCGUUAAAGGGACGCGCUAGUCAUAAAAGUCUGACCUUUCUGACCUUCUGUUUGCCUGCGCUACUACUGUUUCCAUGGAUAUAAUCGCAUCUCAAGACUCAUCUCAGAGUUCAAAUAUCCAGCACAUAUAGACAACGAUACUGACUGCUUUUGUUCUGACAUUUUCAUACAGAUCUCAUGUAGUACGAUAAGAUUCAUUUUAUGCUUCUAAUGAAGCUGUUCAGAACAAAAAGAAUGUUGUUUCCACACAAAGGACACGUUUUCAGGUCCAAAACGCUUACUUUUAAUCAUUUAUUUGUUUAAUUAUGACCAAAAAAAAUUCUUAAAAUCUUAAAGCUAGGGUAGGCACUGUUUUUCAAAAACACUUUUUGUUGUACUGGUUGAAACUCUCUUCACAUCCUAAUAGCAAUCAAUAGUAGAAGGUCUAAAUAUUAAAAAAUGUACAUAUAUCUUCUGUGGAAGUCUCAGGACCAAAAAAUGUCCAAAUUCAGUAAUAGGAUGUCCUACCUUCUGUAGGCAUACCUCCGCGCACCCUGCUGGCAUAGACAUCAAACAUUAUCAUUCCACAAACAUUAGCCACCUUUUAAAGGGAUAGUUAACCCAAAAACGAAAAUUCUGUCCAAAAAGAUCUGCUUGGUUACACACAUUUUUCUAAAUAUCUUUCUUUUGUGUACAGCAGAACAAAGAAAUUUAUACAGGUUUGGAACAACUUGAGGGGGAGUAAAUGAUGACAGAAUUUUCAUAUAUGGGUGAACUAUCCCUUUAAUAGUUUCUCCUGAACCAGAGCUCUUUAAAGGCACAAUAUGUAAGAUUUUUGGAUUAAAAUAUCCAAAAACCACUAGAACAAUGUUAUAUAUUUUGUUGACUUGUGUACUUCCAUUAUUCCAAAUGUUUCCAAGAAUGUUUAAAUCCAGAGAAAUAAGCAAUUUUAAUCAGGACACGGACCGUGUCCAUGUGUCGCCUAUCAAUGACAUCAUACCCGCGUUAUCCUCGAUUUCCGGUUUUAUUUUGAAGAAACCAUAGAAACACCAAAGACGCUUUAGGAUAUUAUGUUUUAAACAGGUGAGCAACUGUUUGGAUGGAUACAUUCAUUGACAGAAAACUAGUCGUUGUUAUAUAGCUAAACACAGCAAGUCUUAUUGUUUAAAUCUCAUUUUCUUGAUUUACUGCGAGUACCAUGUUUUACCAUGCCUAAUAUCGAUCUAGCUUACUGCAUUGUGCAACAAGUGUCUCAUAGCAGCCGCCAAGUGAACGCAGAGUAUCACUAUAACCAGAGGUGUAAAGUACUUGAGUAAAUGUAAUUAGUUACUGUAUUUAUGUAUCUUUUUGGCUACUUUGUAGUUGUACUGAGUAUCAAAGAUAUUGGCAACUUUUACUCUCUACUUGACUAUAUUUUUGAGCAAGUAAAUCUACUUUUUACUCCACUACAUUUGUGAUGAGUAAUGCAAUUACAAAUUACAUUUUUCAUGGCACCUAACUUUUUCAGAAGCAGUUGUUUUUGAUAUAAAGAAGCAAUAUUGCCAUAUAAGGGCAUUGAAGGUACUAUAUCUUGUGCGUUUUGCCUUUACUCACCCAAACGGUAACACUUUAUAAUAACUACAUGCUAUGAAGCAUUAGUUAAGCAUUAGUAAAUAGUCAAUUCAUCAUUUAUAAAGCAUUAAUAGACAUUAAGCAGUUUAUAAUACACCUAUAAAUGCAUUAUUCUUGAUUUUUAAGCAUAUCUAUAAUGUGUUUAAUUGUAUUUUCAUACUUUAUUAAUGAUCAAUUUAUCAUUUCUAAAUGAUAAAAAUACAAUUAUUAAACACAUUAUAGAUAAGCUUAUAAAUCAAGAACAAAGCAUUUAUAGGUGUAUUUAUAAACUGCUUAAUAAUGUCUAUUAUUGCUUUAUAAAUGAUGAAUUGACUAUUUACUAAUGCUUAACUAAUGCUUCAUAGCAUGAGUUAUUAUAAAGUGUUACCACAUUGUUUUAUUUAUCCGCUAUAUUGACAAGACCUUUUUGAAGGAUAUUGGUUUACUUGUGACCUUUUUGUGCACUUGAGCUUAACUGAGACUUGAGAGUUUGUAGACAUUUAAAAGGUUGUUGUGUCGACCUUGAUUUAUUGCAAUGUUGAAAAUAAACUUGAUUUCUCAUCUUACAAAUCAAUUGUUUCUUAUUUUCACCGGCAUGUCUCUCAGGUGUUGCGGACUAGUGGAACUCUGAGCCUACAUUCAGCAUGAGUAAAAUACUUAAGUACUGUUAAAAUCAGAUACUCUAAGACUUUUACUCAAGUCGUAUUGGCACUGGUUACUUGUAACUUGUAGUCGAGUCAUUUUCGAUGUAAGGUAUCUGUACUUUUACUCAAGUAUGGUUUUCAGGUACUCUUUACACCUCUGACUAUAACAACUUUCAACACACAAAUGUAUCUAAUACGAUAAAACAGCACUUCUUUACCCCACAUACGCUUGACCGGAAGAAGCGGAAGCAGCGACUGCAGCAUAAUAAAAGUUCCGCUGCUCUCGAUCCGUGUGUCGCGCUCAUCUCUAAUUAGCAAUCGCUCCAGCGGCCUAAUUUCUGCUCGACAGCACUCGGCCCUGCUCUGCUUCAUACUACUGUAACAUUCAUAAUCUAAUCCAUAAACAUGAUUUCUGGCCUAGUCCCAUCCCGGUUCUUUUCCACCGGCUGUGAGGUGAAGACAACACCUCCCAUGAUUCCGUGAAAUCAAGGCGUCAUUAAACUACGCCUUUGUUUUGAAUAAGCGACCUCUAGUGGCGAAAAUUUACAUAUUGUGCCUUUAAGUUAUUUACGUUCAUUAUUAUUGUAAUGUUAUGUUCUAUGUAAUUUUACGCCGUCUUUCAUGACGCUUUGCAGACUCUGCUUCGGCAGUGCGCGUUCAUGUGUUUUGGAAGAGGCGUGGCUUUGGAGCGCGCUCUGAAGGAAGGGGGGUGGGAUCUUAUGCUUUCAAAGCUAGCUUGCUAGUGCUAGCCUUUCCGAAAUUGCCUACCCUAGCUUUAAAAUAGCAAACUUAAUUUUAAGCACAAUCAUGGCACAAUUCAAAUGUCCAUAGGAGGACCAAAAUGCACCUCAAAUGACUCCAGGCCUGAUGAGGACAAAUCGAAGAUGCCGAAAGACAUUUCCAAAUAUUCGAACCCCUUCAUCUAGGAGGAAAUUAAAUGAAGGUAUACUGAAAUCACAUUGAUGAGCAAUGAGUAUGAAAGUAAUGUAAAGAGCCCUCAAAAAUGUUAUUUCACCCUGUAGUGUAAUCCUCUUUUGUAGGAUCCUGAGAGGAUUAAGUUUAAGGAUUACACCUAAUAAAAGUUAAUCUAAGCAACACGGCUCACCUAAAGGCUUUGCCUGGGAACAGACUUGUCAGACUUUGUUGUCUGUAGUCUGAAUGCCUUUGGGUGACGGUUUAAACCCAAAUAAUUAUUGACAGGUUCAUUGAUUCAGUUUACCAAAUAGCACAGCAUUACGCUUCAAGGUGUUUUUGUACUAGUCUGUAUCUGUAUGGAACUGCUGUUCAUUUGGUGUUGGUCAGAGUAAUGUGUAUAUAUUGUAUAGUCUUACAUUACACAUUCCUCAUAGCUACUUUUUUAUUUUUUCAGAUAUAUGUAUUUGUAAUGACACACAAAAUGAUGGAUUAGCUUAAAAAAAUCACUUCAUGAUGGAAAUAUAUUGUAAAUAUGACCGAUAUGCUGUAAAGAAGAGCUUAUUUGAAUGAGUAUAUUAUAUGAAACACAUUAUCAUUAAGUGCAUAAUUAACAGAUGAGGCAAAUCAAUGGAGGUGAACAUAUUAACAUCAAUUAGAUCAAAUAGUGUAUGAUUAUCACCAUAAAUAUGAGCAUACAGUGUAUUUCUGUGGAUACAUGACUUUGUGUGUAAAGCAAGGGAGGUUUUUCCCCAGAUCAGCUUUCAUUACCUCCAUUCAACACUGUGCUCUGCUCCGCUCAGCGGAUUCUUCAGUCAAUGUGAUUUAUGUUUAAUUUUUAGGCUUAAUUGGCAAUCAAUCAUGUUUGCCAAUGCAGUGAACUUAUUAAGGAGGGCAAAAGCCAUUUAUUUAGUCUGAAAAAAAAAUUAAUAGGGGAGGACUGCCACUUAUGCCUCAAAUUUUGCUUUUAUGUAGUAAACUGACUAUCAGCACAUGCUUUUCUUUGUUAUAAGUCAAAUUUCACUAUUGUCAUAACCAGUCAAUGUAGUACAAUCUAAUGAAUAUAUGUCUAAAUAAUAUAGUAAGGGCUAAUAUGUACAGAUUUUAUGUGUACAUCACUCCUUGCUACAUAGUUUUCAUUAAUGCCUCCCUUAUUUAUAAUCUUUGGCCAUUAUAUAUACAAUAUUUGGAGGCUGUUAUAAUUUGCUUGGCAGAUGAAUUUUAUGAAUCGCAUGUUAAAAAAAAAAAAAGAGUGUUUUCUCCUUUUAUUUUGAAAUCUUAUUAUAUAUUGCUGAUCGCUCACUCAUUUUAAGCUGUGCCCUGCUCACUACAAAGAAAAUUAAAAAACAUUAAUUGUCUUUUAAAAAAAAAUGAUCUCACAUUGUUGAAGGUGUUUGAAAGAAAACUUUUUCUGUCUGUCAACACAAUUAUUUUCUACAUACCAGUAUAUUCUAUACAUUAUAUAAAUAAAACUAUUGCUAUACAUAAAUAAAAGGUGCUGGUCAACUA